AUGUCGCUACUGCUCUUGAUCAUCCUGAUGUCCCCUGCUGCACAAGGUUUACACCGGGCUGAAUUUCUGAUCCAGCCUUACCGAGUUACUGUGAAGGAGGGUCGACCUGCAAUAUUUGUUUGUUCUGUAAAAGCUCGGUCACCAUUCGAAUCAGCGUCAGUCACUUGGUCGGAUAACUACAAAACAUACCAGAAUUUAGAUGCGUCUAUCUUGAUCAGCGAAGAACUGAAUUCGACAGUGGUAACCUCUAACCUCCAACUACUGGACACAAACCGCCAUUCUCGGAAAUACUUCAAGUGCACGGUAUCCAUCCGUUUCGCAGAUGGCGAAGAUGUCUCCCUAACGUCUCCUCUGGUUGGAGUAAAUGUCCAGUACUUCUUGGAGGAAACGGAUAUGGAGUGUAAAAGGUUCCCGGACCCUGAAUCGUUCUACCGAGAAAAUGAGAGAAUUACUAUCGAGUGUCAAGGUCCGAAUACGAAUCCACCUAUCACUCUUAAAUGGAUGUUGUGCAGCCAUCUGAAAUCUUCAGUUACAACCCUAUUAGGGGCACAGGACUCAACUAGAAAUGCCGACGAAACACUUAUUAGGAAUACCCUGAGAGCAAAGCCACAGCUCCAUGAUAGGGAAAUCUGCUGCAUUGCUACCAGUUCUGCCUUCGAAGGGGAACACGUCAAUUGCUCUCUAGCACCUUUUAAAGUCAUCCAUGCCCCUCGUGUAAAAGUUACGACUGACCGAGAUUCGUUGACACCUCCUAUAAUUUCAGAGACAAGACUGAGAUGCAGAGCCAAUUCCUUUCCCGAGGUCAGUGCAAUGUCCUGGUCCUGUGAUCCCCCUGACGCUUUCGAAUCAUGUGAGUCUUCCAGUCCAUAUCUGGAUGCAUCCUUGACAAUGCCAUAUCUGGAAGGUACUGAUGCAAACGUCACAGUGACAUGUUCUGCAAUGAAUAUUGUGGGUAGCGAUGAAAACACUGUUACCAUUGAUGUGAGUUACGUUGACUUGUCUUCUCUGAAGACUUGCCAAGAAAACGAAAAGAGUCCCAACUCUUCUUUGACUGCAAACGGAGAGGUCAUUGUUAAGGAGUUAGAAGAAGUCUUGGAGAAUGAUAAGGAGAAAGGACAGUCCGUAAAUAAUGAUACAAUCAUAAAUAAUCGUCUGGUCGUCGAAAGGCAAUGGAGAUCUACGAGUGAUGUCUUCCAUUGUUCAUUUCAGAACAGAAAUUACCACAUUGUCCCCAGGGUAAGUCGGAUUAUAUGGUUCGUCAACGGUUCUCGUGUCCAGUAUCAUGAUCACAAUGCUAAGGACCCUCUCGAUUGGCAAUUGGUGCUCCCUCGCAGAUCAAUUGAAAAUACCGAAAGAGAUAUGCAUGUAGUAGCAUGCGAACUAAGAAGUCUGGAGGAAAAUUACAUAGCUUCCUGCAUGUUCGACUAUUUCACUCGAGUAAACACUGACACACCAACAAUCACAACAACAACCACAACAACACCAAUAACAGCACAUAAAAUGUUGCAGACCUCUUCUGUCACAGAUGUUGAGAACAUCCCCGAGAAAAGGACGCCAACUACAACUAACUUUAUAUUAACGAAUUCUUCAAUAGCGGCAGGGCAUGACAAGGAAAAGUCAUCCACUGUAGUUUCAAAGACACAUGCAAUUGCCAUAUUGAAAGACUCUGACGAGGUGACGAGUUCUACAAGAGGGUCUCUGAAUAUGGCUUGGAUGCUGGUGGUAGCCGUCGUCGUAGGAUUUACUCUCCUUGCCUGUGUUAUUGGUGUUGUCUUCGCUUUCCAGAAGGUUUGGAGCCGAUCAAGGAACACCCUGAAUAUGCUAGACGGUGUGUAUCAUACGACAUUGGCCAGGUCUUUUGCAUCUCCACCUCGAUCCUCUCCUGCACCAGAACCUAGAACCAAUGGCCACGUGGAAGACGAACCUUUGUACGCCACUCCUGAUGAAGACAAGAUGACCAAUACUAGGAAUGCUUCAAGGAAUUACCUCCGACGAGCACACAUCGCUUCUUAUAAUUUUGAUGAGUCUCCCAUUAAAUUUGCUCCGCCGAUGGAGUUCCGGAACUCAUGCUACAGUUGUCCAGGAAGCUUGGACUCUUCCACCGCAGAGGACGAAGCGUCGUACAUCCGCAACUCGUAUGAAGGAGAGUAUAGUGAUAUCUCGUCGAUCUCGGGAUCAAACGUGUACGAGAACAAGAAUGUGGUCCAUCUUGGAGCCUCCGAAAAACAAAGUGCUUACUACAAGUCAAAGACACUCAACCUGGAUGAUCUUCAGACUGCACAAUAGUUUGAUGAUUUCUCUCCCACUGCUGAUGAUUGUCUUAAAGUGUCACGGAGCUCCAACAUAUCCAAGGAACUCUAACACAUAGUGAAACUUUGGUCAUAUGGUCUGUGCUUACUAUAUGGUUACCCUUGGUACAUAAUACCAUUCAAAAGAAUACUCAGACUGUGUUUUAUUAACUUUUGUGAGAUAAUUGCGAUUUUCAUUCAAUCUUUAUUGCAAUUAAGAUUGCGGAAACCAUUAUUUGUUUUCAUACCUUUAAUGUUGUGAUAUGAAUGUUGUAAGGUAUUUUACAAAAUGUAUAGUUCAUACAGUAUCGUUAGACUACAUACCAAAGCACUGUAUACUCGGCAAGGACAAAUGACCUUUGUAAGAUAGUACUUGCGCUGGCUCUAUUUAAAAGGGUUGUGGCACAUUGACUUUAAAGAGGGAGCGAACUGUGUGGUGUCUCUCAUUCACUGUGUGUUAUAAAUAGCUAGUCUUAAAAUAUACGUUUUGAGAUAACUAUUGAUAAUACAGAGAAAUACAGAGAAUAAAUUAGCUAGUGAAUCGGUGUGAUAUCGUUCCAAUGGGCCUAAAUGACAAGACUACACUGCUCAAAAUGUUGCAUUAUGGGUUAGCAACCUGGCCAGAUUUGAGUAGUUAAAGACUUGAGGAGGCUACUGGUUCGUGUCUGCUUUAAAAGAACUGAACCCACUUAGAAGGUGAUUGUCAAAUUAAGAAAUCUAUUCAGAGCUGCGGAGUCUCAGGACUUUGUAAAAUUGGAAACCGGUUUUGCAGGCUGUAGAAAAAUAAUAACCAUCUUAAAAUUGGAAGCGAUGCUUCAUCGAGAGGUAAUAAUUCACCAUUCUUGAUUCCAACUUUUUAAUCCAAAUUAACACCUCUUUUGUUUAAUUCAGCGCCCAUGAUAACUAUAUUUAGUUGCCAGCUUAUAUUCAUUACUCUUAUAAUAUCGUAGCAAUCUAUUUUCAUAUUAUUUAAGCAAUAGUUGUAGGCCCGUUCAUGAUGCAUAUACAUAACUAUGUCAUCGCGGUGAAAACCCUUUAAUCACUUGGUAGUUUGUAUAUAGUAAUUACGAAAAAAAAUCAAUUAUAAAGCGUAGUUUAUCUCGUUACCUAUCACAAAAAACAUUGUCUGGUACCUCACCUCGCCUGGGUUGAGUGCUGUACAGUUUGGACGAAUUUCCUGCUUAUCAUAAUGAAAGUAAUGUGCGAUCGUAUGGAAAGCCGUUUACAUUUAUUCACAUUUUCUGAUAUCAAGAAAUCGAAUUCUUGAUAUCAGAAAAUGUGAAUAAAUGUUAAAACGGCUCAAGAAUUGAAUUCUUGAUAUCAAGAAAUCGAAUUCUUGAUAUCGGAAAAUGUGAAUAAAUGUUAAAACGGCUUGUCAUACGAUCGUGAUGAUCUGUUUCAAAAGUGAGGGUCAGAGCCACCAGACACAAGACUCUUGUAUGCAAUUCAUGAUUACGUAAUUUUUCAUGUAAUCAUGAUAUUGUAUCAUAAUGCCGUAGUAGGUGUACGUCACCGUAAUAUAAGUACGAUGUAUUGUAUCGAACGUCUUGGUUGGUAUUACCUUUCAUGUCCUUAGAAUAUUUGAAUGGUAAUGCUACCUUAAUAUAUAAUUUAUCAACGAUUAUCCAGCAAGGUUACUAAGAAAAAAAUAUAUAUAACUUCCCAGUUAUUCUUAAGCAUUUAUCUGAAUUAUUGUUCGAUAUGCAAAUAGACACUACUUGUUUUAGAUCGACGAGCACAUUUUACUAUCCAAGUAUGGUGACAAAAUCCAAAUUGUAAUUCUUUUUACGGUCAAUGGCAAGUGGAAAACGAAAUUUGAUUAAUAAUAAUGUGAAGAAAAAAAAUCGAGGAGGCACGUUUUUUAUAAUCCAUCAAUAAAAUAUGGUA